GUGCAUAUCUUUGUACGAAUGUCUUUGAGUGCUCGUGUGUAUCCUGUGUGUAGUUGUAAACAUUUGUGUAUAGUGUAAAUCUAGUGAUCAUGGUGAAAUUAACGCCGGACUUGAUUUAUCAAGCUAUGCAGUACAUUAACCCUGUAAGAGAUCGCGAAUUGGAUUUAAGAGGUUACAAGAUACCAGUUAUCGAAAACAUGGGAGCAACUUUGGAUCAGUUUGACUGUAUAGAUUUUUCGGACAACGACAUCAGAAAGUUGGAUGGAUUUCCACUUUUGAAACGUCUGAAAUGGCUGUUACUAAAUAACAACAGAAUUGUUCGUAUAUCUGAAGGUUUGGAAAAGUCCUUACCAAGUUUGGAGACGCUUGUGUUAACCGGAAAUCAAAUACAGGAACUGGCGGACUUGGAUCCACUGGCAAGCAUCAAAUCACUAAGAACUCUAAGCCUUCUGCAUAAUCCAGUGACUACGCGACAGCAUUAUCGUGCAUAUGUUAUUUUCAGAAUACCACAUUUACGUGUACUGGAUUUUCGAAAAAUCAAAAUGAAAGAGCGAGAAGAUGCAGCUGCUCUAUUCAAAAGCAAGAAAGGCAAGGAGCUGCAGAAAGAGAUUGCCAAAAAAGCAAAAAAUGCAUUCCAGAAUGCAGCUGCUGCAGGAUCUUCAGAGGAACAGAAGCCUACAGGACCCACAGCAGAAGAGCUGUGGAAGAUUAGAGAAGCUAUUUCGAAGGCCAGUUCAUUAGAGGAAGUGGAAAGGCUCAACAGACUACUUCAAGCGGGGCAAAUACCUGGGAGGGCACAUCCUCCAGGAGUUUCCCAAAUGGACGAAGAGAUGGAAGAAGAGUCGUCACACAACCGCUCGAUGAUGAAUGGGAACUGAAGUAACAUUGGUUUUGUGAGUUAUGUUGCUGAAAACUAUUAAUAUCUUUAAGAACCGUUUAUUCUUAUGACAUUUGUGAACAUGAGUAGUCUCCCUGUUUAUUUAUGUAAAUUGUCUUAAAGUGUAUCUCAAAGGUACUUCCUUUCCUUUUAUUAAAUUCUGAUUGAGGAAAUGGAUGUGUAGAGACUUAUAUUCUAAUGUGAAACAUAACAGUCAAUUUGACACACAUGAUUUGUGCUAUUUGUAAGCUUAUAUUUUAAUUUAUGUUACAUUGGAAGUUUAAUUUAUGUAAUUAUGUAAAAUAUUCGCUACAUUCUCUUGAAGUACAAACAG